AUGAAUUCAAUAAUAUUAAAAAAAAUAUUAAGCGCUUUAUAUGUGACGAUUCGAGAAUCAAAAUCAAAAAGUUACUUGAAUCCAUUUUUUAUUUGGAUUUUGUAUAACGGAACAAGAUUAAGUCUUAUUCUCAGAGUAGAUUAAUUUAAUGGGAAGGAGUACUAAGUAUUUACAAUUUAACUAUUUAGGAUAAAUAAUUGAUGCUUAUAAAAAACCUAAUCAAUUGGUUUCAUUUCUUAACACCUAUCAAUUCUAUAGAAAUUGAUUAAUUUUUAUCUCUAAUUGUGAUAUUAAUUGCCAUUGUUCAUUGGUUAUCUUCAUUAAUUACACUAUUUAGUUACAAUUAGAUCAGAUUUUUCAAUUAAUUUCAAAACUAAUAUUUCACAUAUCUACAAAUGCUAUAUCUCUGUCCAUCAUUUAGUUAUAUUCAUUAAUUAAUAUACUAAAAUGACGAUAAAAUCAUCGUCACUUUAUGCUCAGUACCUAUUAUUUUAAAUUAUUCAAUAUUUACAUACAUUCAAAGAAAUUAUUUAUUACCAAGCAAUAAUCCCUUCACAAAAAGAUAUCGUCCUUAUAAUUACCUUGUUAAUAUGACUGAAAUCAUAGCUUUAGUCAUUUUCCCCUAUUUUGAUGAAAUGUUUUAAUCUAUAAUUCUACUGAUUUAAUUCCUAAUUUAAUUGAGUGAUGCAAUUUUAAACUAACCUUUUUCAUAAUAAAUGAAUCUGAAUUAUUGCAUUAGUUCAUCAAUAUUAUUCUAUUGUUCUCUAUUUAAAUGUGUAAGUAUUUAUUGGACUGAAACUUAAUUUAUGUUUAUAUGUCUAAUUUUUAUUCCAUUUUUAACUGUAAUUACAAAGAAAGUGUUGAAAUAAAUUUAUGAACAAAACUUAGACAAUUAAGAUUUAAAUAAAUAAUUAAUCAUUCAAAUUAUUGAUGAAUUUCAUUAAAAAAAUAACAAUUUUCUUCGUGUUAAAAUCUUAUAUAUUUUAAAAACUCGACAUUAAAUAUUAAAUAAUAAAAAUUUGAAAUCAGAUUAAUAGUUUAAUGAUUAUAUUUUCACAAUGUUUAAUCGAUUCAUAGAAUCUUUAGCAUAAUAAGAGAAAUAUUUAGAUGAAGAUUUACACACUUACAAAAUAAUGUUCCUGUAUUAAACUUAUGAUAAAUAGAAUCUAGCUUAUAUUUAAAUAAAACAGUUUUAAAUAUAUAAAGAAUUUCAAACUAUUUAUUUUAGUAUCUUGGAAUUCUUUUGUUUAGAAAAGAUUCAGAAUAGUAUAAAGAAUUCAAUUCAUCAAAAUUAUGGAAGAUUGGAAUUAUAAUAAAUAAAAUAAAGUUAAAUUUUACAAGAAAAAUGCUAACCUUUGAUUAUAUAGAUAUUGGAAUAAAAAUUAAAAUAUUGGGAUUAAUUAUUAAAUGGAUAUGAAAAUAUUGAAUAAUUAAGUGAUGUAUCUAUUCAUUUAAGUGAAAAAGUAGUGAAUUUAAAGAAUAUAGUAUUUAAAGAAUUAAACAUAUAAAUAUUCACUCUUUCUAAAUAAUUGCUUAAGCUUAAUUUAUUAGAUUUGCGUUUGUUAUCAUAAAUAUUUGCAACAGUUUUAAAUGAUUUUCAUAUAACACUUCAAAUAGAAUAAAGGAUAGAAGAACUUCUAAAUUUAGAGAGAAAUAUAUAAUCUCGUAACAUAUAAAAUAUUGCCUUAUUAAAUGACGAUGUUAUCAUAAUUCCAGUAAGUAUGAUAAAAAACUAAGGAUAGAUAUUGAGCAAAAAUAAAUAAAAAUUAUUUAAGUUCUUUAAAUUUCGAAAUGAUGAAUCAUUUCAAUAAAUAUCCCACAUCAAUACUAUUGUGCCAUAAUACUUACAGAAAUAGCAUGAUAAAUUCUUAAAUAAUUUUCUUUAAACAGGAGAGUCAUCAUUAUUCAUUAACAGUUAGGAUGUAUAUCCUAUUUAUAAUUCUGGUUUCUCUUUUAGUGCGACUUUAUAAUUGAUAUCUUCUUAUGAUAAAAUGGAUGAUUAUAUAUUAUCAGCUGUUUUAAAAAAGAGCACUGAAAAUUAUGAUUUUAUUCUGUUUGAUGAAUCUGGAAAAAUCUUAGGAAUUACAGAAUCAAUUCAUUAAUUAUUAUUAUUUAAUUCUAAAGAACCAAUCGAAAAUGAUUUUAAUAACUACAUAUUAAAAUCUUAUAUAUAUUUUUGGUUUAAAGACAUCUUACUUUUAAUAAAUGAUUAAUAAGAAGCUUUUUCAGCAUAAUAAACAUCUUAAUAAAAUUUAAAUAUUGUAACUACUAUUAUUUAACCAAUUACUAAUUUAUAAUAACUUAUUCAAGAUCAUGAAAUAUUUAGAAAAUAACAUUUUCUAACUUAGACAAAUACUAUGAAAACUGAACAAGAUGCGCAAACAGAUCAAAAAUAGUAAAUUAAAAUUACUUGUUUUGAAUAAAAUUAUGUAACUUAAACAAGUGAAUAUAUCAAUUAGUAAUAACUUAAAUCUCAUUAAAAUUCUGUUUACUUUUAAGUGGUAUUUAAUGUGAAUUUUCAAAGAAUGUAAAAUUGUCAUCCUAUAUUUCUUUUAUCUAUCAAUGAUUAUUUUUAAAAAGAAUAAAAAUACACUGGUUCUUAAAGUGGUUUGAGUUCUUUUUAAAAAACAAAAACUUAAUUGGAGAUGAAGAGUGAAUCUCAAAUAUAAUCUGAGUACAAUCUUGAUGAAUUAAAUUAAGAAUUUUUGAUAAACUAAACAAUUAUUAAUAAAUUAUUAAUUAGACAUGAAGUUGGAUUGUCUGAUCUAAGAGAAAUAGAUUAAAAAGAUGAAGAUAUUCAUAUUUAGAAUAUAAUUGAUAGAGAUUAAAAAGAAAGUAAUUUAAUUUCUCCCAGAUCAAAUAGAGAAAUAUUAAUUUAAAAAGGUAUUAUAGAAGAAGACUCUGAUUAUAUAAAAGGAAAUGAAUCUAAUGUUAUUAAAAGUAGUUCCUAAAAAGAUAUUAAAGAAAAUAUUUAAUAAGCAAUAAUUCAAGAAUAAAAUGUUGAUUUUGCUCAUGAGAAAUAAUCUAAAUCUAGUGCUACUUCAGACAAAACUUAAAAUUCAAUUUAUAAUUUAAUGAGAAAAUUGUAAUACACUUAAUAGUUUUAAACUUCUAUUAUUAAUGCUAUUUUUAUAACAAAUAUUUUAACAAUAUUUUUGAUAAUCCUUGUUAGUGUUGAAUUAUCAAUAGUUAGAAAUUACACUAAUUAAUUAGAAUAUAGCAUACCUUUAGUUAGAAUUCCUUAACGAUUUAAUAGAUUAUUUUGCACAUUCAUCACAAUAGGUUAACUUGAAUUGCAAUCAAAAUUAUUAAAUUAAUCUUAUGGUAUUUAUUAUGAAUAUAGAAUAUAAAAUGAGAGUGCUUCAAAAUAAAUUGAAAUAUAAAAUUUAAUGACUGAAAUUUUAAAUGAAUUUUCUUUUAUGGAGAAAUAAAAUUAAUUACCUAUGAUGGAAAUUAGAAUUAUUAAUGAAUAUAUAUAUCAAUUAUAGAAUGUAAGUAUGAUAUAAUUUAAUUCCUUGGUAAAUGAAUAUUCAGAUUAAUUAAAUGAACUUCUUUAAAAUAUUGAUUUAUCUAAUGAAGAAAUUAAAAGAGUUCAAAUACUAUUACAAUUUUUAAAAGGAAAUUUAAUUAAAGAAUUAGAUCUAACAAUAUCAAUUGUUAAUUAAAUUGAGUCAAAUUUUUAUGAUUUAAUUGAAUUAAAUCAAAUAGGAUAGGUUAUCUUUUUAAUUAUAAUUUUAUUGACAGUUGCUUUUCUAUUAAUCAUAUAAUUUAAAUAAUGGCUGUAACCAUAUAAAUAUAUGUAAACAAUUCUUCUAUUGAUUGGAAAAAUUUCAGAAAGAGAUAUUGAAUUUUCUGGAUCUAGAUUGCAUUUACUUUUAGAAAAGCUCAAUCAUAAUCACUCAGCUUGGAAAAACAUUAAUUAUUUUCGUGAUUUCUUUUGGUAAUCUAAAAAAUCUACUAGCUAUUUAACUUUAAGAAUAUAAUCCUCAGAAAAAUCAAAAAAUAAAAAUAAUAGUAAAAAUUAAUAAUAAAAAACUAAAUAAACUUCUCGUAUCUAAGAAACAUCAUUUUCUAUUAAAAAUAUUUAAAUUAUUUUAAUACUUUUAUGUGUAUUAUUGUCUUGUUAUGCAAUAUCCGCAUUUAUAAUUAUGAAAACAAAUAUGGAUAAUAGUCAUCCAGAAUUUAAAAUAGCUAUGGAUUUUGUAAAAUUUAAGUAAGACCUUGAUGGAGUGAUGAUUAUUUGUCAAUUACUUAAAAAUUAAUAGAUUCUUAUAGAUCAAACAAUGGUUAGUGGAAUUUUUAAAAUGAAUCCAGAAUUAAGUACAAGGGACAAAUACUUUAAAACCUUAUAUAGUGAAUUAUUAACUAGUUUUUCCCCUUUGAUCAUUGAAAUGGAUAAGAUUUAUUCAACAAUAUAUAAUAAUGUAAUAGAAUCAAGAAAAAUAAGCAAAGAAAAUAAGGAACUAUUGUUAAAUUUAUAUGAAAAAGAUCUCUGUGAAAUCAUACCAAAUAUUUUACCAUUUUGUGCUUAUGAAAACGGAAAGUUUAUUUAUUUUCCAACAUUUCCCACUCCAAAUCUAAUUCUCAACAAUAAACAAAUCUAUAAAUAUGGAAUCAAUGGCAUUUAUUAAUAGUAUUAUUUUUAUAUAUCAGUUAGGAUUGUAUCCAUUUUUAAUACCCAUUAUUCAUUGGAAUAAAAUGGAAUAAAGGACUCUGAUCUUAAAAAUAUUGGUUUAUUUCUUUAAAGCCAGGAAUAUGUAUAAAUAAUUCUACCAUAUUUUUUUGACUUAAGUUAUGCUAUUCUACAGUUUUAUUAUACUAUUAUAUAAGCAGCUCUUGACAUUUUAGAAAAUGAUUACUAAAUGGUUCUAUAAUUUUACAUACUCGCAGGAAUAGGCUGCAUAAUUAUAUUAUAUAUAGUCAUAUUGAUUAGAGCAAUCACUUUAUAAAAUAAAGUUCGUUUAAUUAGAUAAACUUUAAUUGUUAUACCUCAUGAAUCUUUAUAAGAUUAAUCUAUACUGAAUUCUAUUAGAAAGAUUGAUAGAAUACUUUGA